AUGGCUAUGUCAUGUGACGACAGAGACGAUAUCUAUGACGAAUACGGGCCUCAGUGGAAAGAAACCGCCGAGCACUCAAUCAAUAAUUACAUCGCCGGCAUGUUAUCAAAACAACUGGCCAUGCGGUUCGAAGAAAUACUCAUGACUAACUACCAUAAUCGCCAAUGCCAACACCCAGCUAACACUUUAGAUGGAGAGUACUGGUUGGAUCAACUGAUGUCAGCUAACAAGAUCAAUAAACAACAGUUUCUAACUGACCUGACACUAGUGAUGAACAAAGUGUGUACGAGGAAGAACGCCUCCGUCAUUGAAGGACCGACUACAACUGGGAAGACCCUAUUUGUCAAACUCAUUGCCGAAAACUACAUCUACGGCACAGUCCAG